AUGCGUUGGCCGCAGGUAGUCGCGUUGGCCAUAGCGCUCCCACAAUCCUUGGUGUCUGCAUUUUAUCUUCCAGGUGCUGCUCCGAAGGAUUACAAGGAUGGGGAAGCCGUCGAGCUUGAUGUCAAUGUGCUCAAGCCUGGAUUGGGCUACGAGGCGGAGAAUCUGGCCCUCUUUUCCAAAGCCUUGCCACGGCAGACGCUUGACGCAGCUGUCCAUUUGCAGACGAUUACUAUGAUCCAAGAUUUGAAUUUUGUCGACCAGUGGGUGGCGUCCAUGUACAGCAUGCGAAGCAGUCUCGGUGCCAUUCUAUUUGGGGACAGAAUAUUCAACGGUCCAAUUCAGCUCAAGAUGCGAGUAAACCAAACUUGUCAGUCUCUGUGUGGCGUUACCGUAAAUGCGGAAAACGCAGAGUUCAUCAACGCACGGAUACGGGAAGACUAUAGUAUCAACUGGCUCGUCGACGGUCUUCCGGCCGCAGAAGUCAAGGAAGAUGUCAAGACGAGAGAGGUUUUCUAUGAUCUAGGAUUUGACUUGGGGAAUGAAGAUGGCAGUUUGAACAAUCAUUACGACAUCAAGAUCCAGUAUCACCCUCGUGGAAACGGAUACUCUCGUGUCGUUGGUGUCACCGUCUGGCCUAGUAGCAUCGACCGCUCAUCCGACGACGUCUCGUCACCUCGCUGCCCGAGUACAAGCAAGCCCUUGCACCUUAAGACGGACAAGAAUGCCAAGAAUAAAUUCUAUUACACUUAUAGCGUCACUUGGGAGGAAUCGUCUACAGUGUGGGCCACCCGUUGGGAUAACUACCUCCGGAUAUAUGAUCCCAAGAUUCAUUUCCUGAGUCUGAUCAACUCCCUUGUCAUGGUCGUCUUCCUCUGUGCGUUGGUUUCGAGUUUGCUAUUGCGAAGUGUCAAGGGUGAUCUCUCUCGCUACAAUGCUAUUGACCUCGAGGAAGACGUCCAAGAAGACUAUGGGUGGAAAUUGAUCCACGGCGAGGUAUUCAGGACACCCAAGUCUCCAGUCCUACUCUCUGUACUUGUUGGAAAUGGUGCCCAUCUGUGUGCAAUGAUUGGGGUCACUCUUGUAUUUGCCACGUUUGGAUUUUUGUCUCCCUCGAAUCGUGGAGCACUUGCUACCGUGAUGCUGAUGUGCUGGACUUUCUUUUCGAUUAUUGGUGGUUAUGUUGCUACAAGAACCUAUCUUACUUUGGGCGGGACUGAUAAACGAAAGCUCGUCUUUCUCACCGCAUUCCUCCUUCCGACAUUCGUAUUCGCCGUCGUUUUCAUACUGAAUACGAUCUUGGUAUUCAAGGAAUCCUCGGGAGCAGUACCUUUUGGGACCAUGCUCGUCAUAGUUCUCCUGUGGUUUGCCAUCUCGGUGCCAUUGACCUCGGUCGGUGCAUGGUUCGGUGGAAAGCACGGGCCCCUCCCAUCUCUGCUCCGAGUCAAUCAAAUCCCUCGUCAGAUUCCUCCGCCACCUCGAUACCUACGACCGAUUCCCUCCGUUCUAGCUACUGGGAUCCUGCCGUUUGGGGCUGCGUUCAUCGAAGGGUACUUUUUGUUCUCGAGCAUCUUUGCCGCACGAGCAUACUACGCCUUUGGUUUCCUUGCCCUGACUAGCGGAGUCGUGGCUCUCACGACGGCCACUGUCACGAUACUUUUCGUUUACUUCCUUCUAUGCGCAGAAGACUACCGAUGGCACUGGCGCUCAUUCGUGGCCGGAGGCGGCAGUGCUAUUUGGCUUUUGAUCUAUGGAACCUAUUACUGGCUCUCACGACUUUCUUUGGAUUCGAUGGCGAGCGUCAUCCUCUACUUUGGGUACCUCAUUAUCCUUGCGACUCUUAAUUUUAUUGUCACUGGUACGAUUGGCUUCUUGGCCGCGACAUGGGCCGUUCGUCGCCUGUAUGCCGCAGUGCGGAUCGAUUAA